UCAUUAACUAAUAUUGACAAAUGAAUAAAUAUUAUAAUAAAUGUAUUGUUCAUUUUUUGUUCUUGUUAGUAAAUACAUUAACAAUCAUUAACUGAUGGAACACUAUUAUAAAGUGUGACCAAAUCUUUCAUUUAUUCCUACAUGCAAACUCCACACAGAAACGCCAACUGACCCAGCCAAGCUUCGAACCAGCGACCUUCUUGCUGUGAGGUGGACGUGCUACCCACUGCGCCCCCGCGUCUCCCCUUUAAUACAAACAACUAAACUUUUUCAAAUCUAUAUCAGAUAUAUAUUUCGAAAAUGACAGCUAUGGCAUGCACAUAUUUUUGUUGUCUGUUUCUGAGUCCUCAACUCUUGAUUAUUGUAGUGUCUUCAGUCUCGCUUGUGUUCAUCUUCAUUUCAGCUGUAAUGCUAAUACGAAGGUAAGAAUAUUUUUUCCUACCUGCACACCAAUGUAUUUCAACUCUCUCAAUCAACGCCACAAAAUCUAGAGCUUGCAUAUUCGGUAAUAGUAUAAAUAAAGACACUCUCUUGAAAAUGAGUUUUGAAAGUGCAUGAAUGUAUUUGCUGUCAGAAGAAUAUUUUCAUUUUGAAGUUAGAAAUGAGAAACUAAAUUGUAUCCAUUUUUUAUAAUGUGUUUUUUUCCAGAAUGGAGUACCUUUCUUUAAAUGUUUGUGAUGUUUUGUCUGAAUUCUGCUAUUUGAUGUUCAUGUGUGUCUUUAAAUUUUUGAAGGAAAGCAGCAAAAGAAAGAGAUGAAACCAUGGAUUCUCAUUAUGCCUCUCUACAAAUAACCACUCUACAGUGACAUAAAACAUCUUCUGUGAGUUAAAUAACUAAACCAUUGGAUCAAAAUGCUACAGUUUCUUCUUUUCCUCCUGCCCGUUGCAGGUGCUGCAGGUGUUGCUGGCUGGGGUGUGAAUUAUUCUCGUCCGAUCUGUGCUGCAAGAGGAUCCACAGUCACUGUUGCCUGUAAUUUUACAUUUCCACUAGUAAAUGAACAUGUAAAGCAGGUGAAGUGGUGUUCAAUGAACUCAAACUAUAAGAAGUGUGACUCUGGGCCAUAUGUCUAUGAUAGUGAAGCCAACAAUAAUUCAAUCAGAUUUCAAUACAUUGGAGAUAAAGCUUCAGACUGUUCUCUUUUGAUUAAUGACAUUCAACUCACAGAUUCUGGAGAAUAUAAGUUCAGAUUUAUCACUAAUUCUUCAGGCAGCAUGUGGACAGGUGAUCCUGGAGUGAUCAUUUCAGUAUAUGAUUUAAAAGUCUCCAAAUCCAACUCAAUAAUAAAUGGCAUAAUACCUGGAGACUCUGUAAAUCUGACUUGUUCACUGGACUGUCCUGGUGGUUUAUCAGAGGUUCAGUGGUUUAAGAACGGUGAACUGAUGAAACAGACAAACCCAAUCCUCAUCUUAAACGGCCUCCCUGCUGAAAACUCUGGAAAUUACUCUUGUUCUUUGAGGAAAUUUACAAACCCUUUAUCUGGAGAAAGUGUUUCUGUGUUCACAGCUCUUCUGAUUAUUGUAGUAUCUUCAGUUUUGCUUGUGUUCAUCAUCAUUGUAGCUGUGAUUCUUAUUAGAAGAAGGAAAGCAGCGAAAGAAAGAGAAGAACCUAUGGAUUCUCAUUACGCCUCUCUACAAAUAACCGCUGCAACUCAAGCAUCAGCGGUUUACUCAAGCCUACAGGAUACAUUGAAGGAGUGACAAAAGGAUGACGUAUAAUAAUAAAGAUACAGAUGUCAACAUUAAACCCAAUAUAUGAGCAAUCAUUUAAUGUAGUCAAUAUUUCUACUGUCAGUAACUCUAAUUCUUUAGUCAGACAUUAAACCUGUUGAUGCAGAGCAUGUUUCCUGUUUUUUAUGUUAAGAUAAAGACAGACAGGUAUUUUUACCAUUGCAAUAAUCCUUUAUAGCAGGGGUCACCAAACUUGUUCCUGGAGGGCUGGUGUCCAGCAGAUUUUAGCUCCAACUCUAAUCAAACACACCUGAACAAGCUAAUCAAGGUCGUACUAGGUAUACUUGAAACACCCAGGCAGGUGUUUUGAGGCAAGUUGGAGCCAAACCCUGGAGGGACACCGGCCUUCCAGGACCGAGAUUGGUGGGGUGCUUUAUAGUAUGUUGUGAUGUCAUUUAAACAUUGUUAUUCAUCAGAUAUGGAUUUUAAAUGAACAGAUUUAUGAAAUGUGUGUCAAUAGUUUGUAAAAGACAUUUAUGUAAUAUAAUUGUUAAUAAUUUAUA